AUGUAUGUGUUCUUGAAUUCCAGAGAUAUUGGGGUUGCAGGGGUUGAAGAAGUGUACAAAGCAAUAAAGGAUUGUGACCGAGGGCCAGUUCGGAUAAGUAAAGCUGGAUUGGGACUAAGGAUGAUGGGAAAAUGUAAAAUAAGCUUUUUUAAUGAAAAUUUGAAAAAAAUUUUCCGUUUAAAGAGAGCCCUUGUCAUGGCAUUGAAAAUGGUCUUGAACUCGGUUGGUUUUCAGUUUGUUGACCGCUGUUGUUACGAUCGUUUAAGUGACGGUUUUGCUUGGACAGAAAUAUACGAAAGUGUUUUUGAGUCGGUGCCAACUGAUGUUUUGGCACGUAUUGGUGUUUAUUGA